AAUUACAAAUUUACGUACCAUCUUCUUUGUUAGCACCAAUACUGAGGUAUCAGCGAGUACCGAAAUUGGUUAAGUUCAUAAGCGUGGGCGUUAUUCCCUUCCCACCAUUUCCCUCAAAACCAAAUUCUGCCUAUCGGAAACGGACCAAAUUUCCCGUUUGGUCUUCGUUCCUAAAUCCCCCAAUUUCUCCCAUUUCCCAAUUCUCUCUCUCUCUCAUAUCCACAUUCUCUCUCUAGAAUCUUCUGGUUCUUGGUUCUCUGCAUGUAGUCCUCUCUCUCCUUUGAUUGCAUUGCUAAUCCUUUCAACGGCUUAGCUCUGCAAUUUCUCACCAACUUGCCCUAAUUUGACGCCAGAAAAACGUCUUUCGCAUUUUCGCUUGGAUUUGUCCGCUGGGGUAGCAAUAGUACUAAAAUGGACGGUAAUACUUCUGAUGUAGAUAGUGAGAAUAUUGACUGGGACACUGAAGAUGAAUUGGAAAUUGCAAACAUUCCAUUAUCCUGUUCAAGUUUGACAGUUCCUAGUGGAAUUGCUGCAAUUGGGUCUGGUGAGGCGGGUCCAUCGGCAAGCUCUUCUGGGUCCAAGAUCCUGGACAAUUUUGUAGGGAUGGGCUUUUCUGAGAAGAUAGUGGCUGAAGUAAUUCAGAAGCAUGGGGAGGAAAAUACGGACACUAUUUUACAGACGCUUCUCACAUAUACAGCGAGUUCAUCUGCAAGUUCUUCUGGCUCCAAGAUCAUAGACCAUUUUGUAGGGAUGGGAUUUUCUGAAAAGCUGGUGGCUAAAGUAAUUGAGGAACAUGGAGAGGAGAAUACAGACACUAUUUUGGAGACGCUCCUCACAUAUUCAGCUCUGGAAACAUCUCCUGAAGAACAACAUACUGAACGUGAUACAUCUCCUGAAGAACAACAAAUUGACUGUGAUAACUUUUCUUCAGAUUUUGAAGGGAGCUCUUUAAAUGAUUUUUCGGAUAUUGAUAGUUUUUCUGAUGAUGAGGUUAUCACAAAUCCUGUUUCUGACCAGGAGAAAAAAGUAGUGGCCUUGAUGGGUAUGGGGUAUACAAAAGCAGAGGCUUCAACUGCAAUAGAAAGAUGUGGUCUUGCCUCCACGCUCGCUGAGUUGACAGAUUUUAUAUAUGCUGCACAGAUGGCAAAGGAAGCAUACGGGGAUUAUCCCCUUGAAGUGCAUCCUAGGCCAAAUGGUGAGAAAAAGAGGAAAUUUGAUGAGAUGUUGAAAAAGAAAUGUAAGAGGGGAUCAGAGAGGAGGGCUAUGACUGAAGACGAUGAGCUAAUUCGUCCUCCAAAUCCAAUGAUUGGAUUUGGCGUUCCAACUGAACCAUUCCAACAAGUUCAUAGAACUCUUCCAGAGGCUGCAAUUGGUCCACCCUACUUUUACUAUGAGAACGUGGCACUCGCUCCCAAAGGGGUUUGGAGCACUAUUUCCCGAUUCUUGUAUGAUGUGGAGCCAGAAUUUGUUGAUUCAAAGUUUUUCUGUGCUGCUGCAAGGAAACGGGGUUAUGUCCAUAAUCUUCCAAUUGCAAACAGAUAUCCUCUUCUUCCUUUUCCUCCACGCACCAUAAAUGACGCACUACCAUUGACCAAAAGAUGGUGGCCUGAAUGGGACACGAGAAAAAAGCUCAACUGCUUGCAAACUUGUGUUGGAAGUGCAAAACUGACAGAAAGAAUCAGGAAAGCUCUAGAGGAUUAUGAUGGGGAACCACCUUUGAGAGUCCAAAAGUAUGUUCUUGAGGAAUGCGUCUGGGUUGGAAGGAACAAGCUUGCACCGCUUGAACCUGAUGAAGUGGAAAUGCUUUUGGGAUUUCCAAGGAACCACACAAGGGGAGGUGGAAUAAGUAGGACGGAUAGAUACAAGUCUCUUGGUAAUUCUUUCCAGGUUGAUACCGUAGCAUACCAUCUAUCAGUCUUGAAAGAAAUGUAUCCAAAUGGCAUCAACCUCCUCUCUCUCUUCUCCGGGAUUGGUGGUGCAGAAGUAGCCCUUCAUCGCCUCGGAGUCCCUCUUAAUAAUGUGGUUUCUGUUGAGAUUUCAGAGGUGAACAGAAAUAUAGUAAGAAGUUGGUGGGACCAAACAAAUCAGAAAGGAAAUUUGUUCGACCUCGCCGAUGUGCAGCAGCUGAAUAGUGAUCGCUUGGAGGAGUUCAUGAGCAAAUUUGGUGGUUUUGAUCUCGUAGUUGGUGGAAGCCCAUGCAAUAAUCUCGCCGGCAGUAACAGGCAUCACCGGGAUGGGCUCGAGGGUAAGGAGUCCUCACUUUUUUAUGAUUAUUUUAGAAUUCUAGAUUUGGUCAAGUGUAUAAUGUCUAGAGAUCAAUAGCUCCAAUGUAAUUCUCUUCUUUAUUUGUCCCCUGUUCUUCUUCCCUUUAACCGAUACAUUGAAAGCUAAGAACACUUGCAAGUUUCUCAAGGGAAAAUGAAAUUGGGAUUGGAAUCUCUAAAUUUAGAUCAAA